AUGUUAAUUUCUCCCCUUCUAACACCGAGUACAAAGUGGUCCUGCCGCUGCAGGGCCAGCCUGGCCCGAAGGGAACCGGGACCGCAGCCGGAUGGGGAGGACACGGCUGUGCCUUUCCCCGGCGCCAUUGAUUCACCCGAGGCUGCACGAGGCUGCAAACAGCGGGCGCAAACACCUGGAUGGAAAAAUCUGGGAAAACGGCCGGAUCGGCCCGGAAAGCAGGAGAGAGCUCGUUGUUCGGCUCUGGGGGAUAACCCGAGUGAAGCUAUUGAUGGAUUUCUAAAAACUGAUGAAAGACAAAGACUGGCAAAGGAAAGAAGAGAGGAAAGGGAGAAAUACCUUGCUGCUAGGGAGCAGCAGAUACUGGAGAAGGAGAGAAGAGCAAAACUUCAGUAUGAGAAGCAAAUGGAGGAGCGAUGGAGAAGGCUGGAGGAGCAGAGGCAGAGAGAGGAGCAGAAGAGAGCAGCUGUUGAAGAAAAGCGGAGACAAAAGCUUAAAGAGGAGGAGGAGCGUUUAGAAGCCAUGAUGCGCCGGUCCCUCGAACGCAGCCAGCAGCUGGAACAGAAGCAGAAGCGAUGGUCGUGGGGAGGAGCACUGGCUGCAGGCUCAGGAGGCAGAGAUGGUGAAUCAGAAAAUACCCCACCCCCUGUUCUAGGUUUAGCUGCCAACACCCUUCCUCCAGACCCUGUGACCUCUACUGCUCCUGCUGAUUCCUUCAAUGCAUGUGACAAACUUUCAGCUUCUACAAUGAAUCUGCCAAAGCAAAUGGAGUCGCCGAUCAGUAAACGCCUCUCGUCCUCCACAGCGGCCAUAACGCACUCCCCCGACAGAGCACCAGCUAGUCCUCUUAAAUCUCCCUACAAGCCUUCCCCCACCCGAAGCACCGACAGGAAGAAGGCAACUUCACCCUCCACUGCUAAUGCCAUGAAAGGGGCACCUGCAGCUGAAGUUACUCAGACUGAGAAGAUAAAGAAAGAGAAGCGACCUGCAACACCUGGUUCCUCAUCUGGUAUGGGAUCUUCUCUGAGAAGGUCUGAUUCUCCUGCUGCUAUAUCCAGAAGAUCUGCAUCACCUGCAACACCUAAGACAGUUGCAAAGACUUAUCCUCAGUCUCCUAAAAACACCAAACAAUAUCCAGCUUCUCCUGUGAAGCAUCGUGCCACUUCCAAUAGCAGCCAGGAAACACCUAAAAAGAAAGCAGACAAGGAGAAAGAGAAUGUCAGUCACCUGAAGUCCCCAGGAGCACGCACUGAUGACGUGGCUCCUGAGAAGCACGUGCCUUCUGCUGGAAAGGCUGAGAACACUGAAGGGAAGAUCACAGCAGGAACAAGUGAUGCAGAAGAAGCUGCAAAAAUUCUAGCUGAGAAAAGACGACAGGCCCGCCUGCAGAAAGAACAAGAGGAAAGGGAGAAACAGGAAAGAGAAGAACGAGAAAGGCUUGAAAGAGAAGAGCAGAAAAGAAAGGCAGAAGAAGAAAGACUUCGUCUGGAAGAAGAAGCUCGUAAGAAGGAGGAGGAAAGAAAACGUGAAGAAGAGGCAGCAAGAAAAAAGGCAGAAGAGGAAGCCAGGAGAAGAGCUGAGGAAGAACAAAUGCUAAAGGAAAAGCAAGAAAAAGAGCUCCAAGCCAAACUUGAGAAACAGAGGGAAGAAGCAGAAAUCAAAGCCCGUGAGGCAGCUGAACAGCUUCGUCUUGAAAGGGAACAAAUCAUGCAGCAAAUUGAGCAAGAAAGGCUGGAGCGGAAGAAGAGAAUAGAUGAAAUUAUGAAGAGAACAAGGAAGAGUGAAACCCCAGAAAUAAAGAAGGAAGAGCCAAAACUGGAGAUCCCAUCAACUUUGAAUGUGGAAAAGCAACCAAAGGCCCUUGUUCUCAACCAGCCAGAGAUCAAUGGAUUGGCGACCUGCCUGAAAAAUAAAAGCUUAGAAAGUGCUGCUUCUGUAAUCCCUUCCCAAGAUGUGGUUGCUAAUGGACUGAAGUCAGUUUCAGGACUUAUUCAGCUGGAAGCUGUUGAUGGGAAAUCUAACAGCAUGGAAGAUUCAACAGAUGAGGUUCAGUCCAUGGAUGUGAGCCCGGUUUCAAAAGAAGAACUUAUCUCUAUCCCUGAAUAUUCACCCAUGAAUGAACUCAUGCCAGGUGUUUCUUUGGACCAAAAUGGGACAAGUAAUGCCAAGGCUCUUGAAGACCUCUUGGAUUUCACAGGCCAAGCUACCUACUCCAAGAUGUCCAGUGAUACCCUUAGCCUAGAUGACUGUAAUAAAAACUUGAUUGAGGGAUUUAACAGCCCAGGACAAGAAAAUACACUUAAUUCUAUCUGUUGACAGCCUUGCUUUUCAGCAGAACUGAUACAGAGAUAACAAUUUCUGGAGGAUAUAUAUCCCUGUGAUGCUACUGGCAGUAAAAUAUGAGCUUGUCACUUGAAAAAGCUUCUGCAGUCCUUGAACACUGGAUUUCAAAUAAUCAGAGCUGAAUAUAACUUGUCUUCCCAGGGAGUAUGUUGAAUAACUGGCUGCUUUUGGUAGAAACCAAUGAUCUAGAGCCUUGAUGUUUCAGGGAAGACAGUGUGCAUUAGAAUUUGAGCUUUAGCUGCUAAUAAAGCACUUAUAUCUUCUUUAAUUUAAAAUUCAUCUCAACACUUCACUGUGAUUUUUACCUGUGCAUUUUAUUUUUAAAUAAUUAUUUCCUAAGCUUGAUCAUGUCCUUCAUCUAUUUCCAUUUAGACAUCUUUUUCGUGUAAAUAAUGAUGGGGUUUGCCCACAGUGCAUUGAAACAAAAUAAUAUACUGUACUUUAGUUUUGUGCCUAUCUUUUUUUGUCUUUAAAAGGAGUUAAUGGCAACUUUUAUGAGGUGUGUAAUUCAAAACUGUAGCUGAAGAGGCUUGAAAAACAUAUAGCUGCUGGAAUCAAAAGAGCCUUCUUAUUGACUGUGGAGUAUGGGAGCUAUCCCUUUAUGAUUAUGUUGACACUUUUAGUCACUAGUGGCACUUACCAGUUAAAAUUAAUUAGUCUGGGAGCAACUAUCAACUGUGUUUGAAAUCAUAUUUGUGUAGCACUUGUAAGCAAAGUAUGCCAAAUGCCAAGUAGAACCCUUGAAUAUGUGUGUAGUGUAGCUGUAGUAGAUCUGAGUGAGUGAUCAGGAGGGUGACACAUUAACCUUUGAAAAUGCAGACACUUGAUUGAUACCAGCAGGCUUUCUAUCACACUGAGAAGUAUUUUGUCUUCCUGUAGGCUCAACAAAAUGGGAUUUGGUCAGCAGCAAAACAAUAUGUGAGUGUCAGAAACACAAAGGGCAAAAUGCGCGCUGGGAACACUGGGCGCCCUUGACGUUCUGUAAACAUCUGUGUGGAACAGUCCACAGCACGAUGUGCAAGGUCAGGAUGUCAUGUGCUGCACAGUGUCAACUUUAUUUCUCUUGGUGAACAUUUUUGCUAGAUUAGGUGCUGCUUUGAGGAUAUUUUGUCCAGUCCCUUAUAAGAAUAAAUUAUAAAUACAACUCUCUUUGGACUCUAGCGCCAAAAAUGUGAAAACUUGGGGUGGGGAGGGGGUGUUUGGCUUUUUUUUCCUUUUUUUCCACAUGUAAGAGUUCACAGCAUAGAUUGACCUCAGUUGUAGCACCAUUCUUGUGCUCUUAAAAGUCAGCAGUGGGAAAGUAACCAGUGACAUGAUGUGCAAUGCCUAAAAAAAAUCAUACCUACAACAACCUGGCUCUAUUUAUGUUAGUGUACUUCAAGAAAUACUUUCUUUUGACUGUGCAGUAAGCUGUAGCAUGGUACUGUGUCUUCCAAAUUAGUCCUUCAUCUAUUUCCUAAAUAAUAAACAAACAGAAACAGUUUGUUUUGCUGUAAUACACUGUGUUUGACAAAUGUCAUAUUAUAUUUUAUUAUGGUGUCAUUGUAUAACCUGUAGAUUUCUGUAUUUGCAUGACCUGUAUAGCAUGUAUAAAGGUGAAAUACAUUUUCAUUUAUGAAUCUGA